ACACUUAUCAGAAACACAAAUAUGCAUGGCCAAUCAGCAUACAGAGCAUGGACGGACAUUGCGCUUCAAGACAUUUUCUCUUUUUUGGCACUUGUUAUAUACAUGGGAUUCGCAAAAGUACCUUCACUUACUGAUUACUGGAGAAGAGGAAAGUUGUACAGCCUACCAUUCCCUAAAUCAGUUAUGACCGGAAAGAAAUUCUUUUCUAUUAUCCGUGCUCUCCACUUGAGUAGUCCAGAAGAAGAUGCCAAAAAUGAAGGAAAAAGAGGCACUGAAGAGUUUGACCGCUUGGGCAAGAUCAAACCACUGUAUACUGAGAUAAGAGAUGCAUGCCGCCAGAAUUACCAACCUGGUCAGCAUAUCGCCAUUGAUGAAAGGAUGGUGGCAUCAAAGGCAAGAGUGAGCUUCAAACAAUACUUAAAAAGCAAACCUGUAAGGUGGGGCUACAAGUUAUUUGUUUUGGCAGACUCAAAAUCAGGCUACACAUGGGACUUCUUUGUUUAUGAGGGCAAAAGCUCUCAGGCCAGCAAGAACGGGCUGAGCUAUGACUCUGUUAUGACCCUUUUGGACACAUCUCUACUGGGCACAGGCUAUAAACUCUAUGUAGACAAUUUUUACACUAGCCCUAUUCUAUUCCGUGACCUUCUGAAAAAAAAAGUGUCAGCCUGUGGCACAAUAAGAACUAAUAGACAAGGAUACCCCAGGACAACAGAAAAUACGCUGGACUCCAGAGCUCCCCGUGGCAGUAUAAGGUGGAUUCGUGAGGACCCCUUGCUCUUUGUCCAAUGGAAAGACACCCGUGAUGUAUUCAUCUGCUCCACCAUGCACACUGCCCAUGGAGAGGAGACAGUGGAGCGCCGGGUAAAGGAUGACACAGGCUGUUGGACUAUGAAAGAUGUGCCAGUUCCACCAGCCAUCAAGGACUAUAACAGGCACAUGGGAGGCGUUGACCUAUCCGAUGCAUUGAUCGGAUAUUAUGAGGUUUUACACAAAACCAAAAAAUGGUACAAGACUUUUUUUUUUAUCAUUUUGUGGACAUUGCUGUGGUGAAUGCCUUUAUCCUUUAUAAAGGACAGUGCACGUUAAAGGCUAAAAUCCCAAUGCACCAAAAGGCAUUUAGAGAAACCCUUGUAUUGGAGCUGGCAGAGGCAGGAGCCAUCAGUACAGAGCGGGAGGAGGAGAGUAGGAAAGAGACACAUCAUCGUCUUGUGCACAUCGUCGCAAGUGGUGACAAGACCCAAGGAAGACUGAAAUGCAGGAAGUGCCAUGCGAAAACGGCUGUAAAAUGUUCAACCUGUGACGUGCCCCUGUGUUUCCAGCCACAAAGGGACUGUUAUAAUGACUGGCACAAAGAACAAGGACAAUAGAAAAGUGUUUUUUACAGUUUGCAGUGUGUG